UAGUUCGUCUUUGUUCUGUAAUUAGUGAGGUAAACGUUUCAGACGACGUGACCCUCUUGACUUGCUAGCAGUGCCGUUGAUGGUACCUUGCUGCUUUCUGCUCCAGGUUGACAAAAAUAAUAAUAAAUGAAACAUAGGUCAGACAUCCAAAAGUUGAGAACUUGGCCUGGUGUGUCUGAUGCUACCCAGAAGGACUAGCUACGUGCUAACAGAGAGACUCUGCCCAACAUCGCCGAAGGGAUGAAGAGUGGAGCUUUUUUUUGGAAGGCUGAAGAAGUUAUGCAAGUUUGAACAGCAAUAACCCCAAAACUAGCUAAUACUGAGCUGAUUCCUUCGUAGACUUUACCAACUCUUGUAUAACCAGUGCUAACUUGCUGCUGGACAACUCUGAAUGUAAUGUUGCGGCACUGAAAGCAGCCUAUGUAGCUUUGAAAAUCACCAGGUUUAAAACAAAGAAUGUAGGUGACAGGGCUGGCUUUCAAAGUUUAAUGAAGUGAACAGAACGUAAUGUACGUGGGGGCGGGUUUCCCCGUGCGUCUUUAGAGCUGCUCAAACACACCCACAGGUGUGUCUGAGGCCUGAUAGAUCAUUUCCCUCAAACCUCGUGAGUCUUUGUGAACAAGAAUUUCAACUUCACAGCUUAACUGGCAUUUCAUGUACACUUUCCCCUUGCUUUUAUAAAGCUGCUGUGGAAACUUCAGCAAGAGGCGCUGAGACCUGCCUAUCUGCUGAUAUUAUUUCAAUUCCAACAGGCUCUUUGAGAAAGCAUGACGGCUGUGGUGGGCAGAGCAUGGGGCUGGGUGUGCUCAUGGGGCAGCACUACCAUGUCAGAGAAUACAACUUUGACAUCUGAAGGCCAUAAACAACAUGGCUGUGAUGGCCGGGGCCUCAGGGGAUGGACCUCUUGGAUUUGGGGAGGGUGGAGACAUCAAAAAGACCAAAGUAGUCCAGUGGAGGAGUACUGGGAGGCACAGGACAAGUUUCCAGCCAUAGAAAUUGAAGAUCUUGGAGCAGGGAAACUGGGGACUGAGGCAAGUUUACAAGAUUCUUGGUGGAAUAAAUAUGUAACCUCUUACCUUUGGCCCAGAAAAACUGAGUUAAGAGGACUACGACGAAGGAAACAUGAUAGUCGGAGUGGAGAUGCAUGGAACCAUGAUAUUGAUGGGGACUUUUCUGACUACGGAACUCCUCCUCCAUCACCCACACCCUCCUCUCCGCUGACAUCUCCUUUUCGACUGUUUGCACACAGCUGGAACGUGGAAAUCCUACCAGACCACUAUGAAAUCUGUUUUAACUUCCUUCGUCACCUGUUUGACCUUUUUGUUGUUGGCUUCCUGUGGACUGUGUCUCCUCCUGCCAAGUUGAUCCUAGAAGUGUUGGGGGUCCAGGGAGCGCUGAGGCUGUGGUUUCAUGGUAUGGCCAUGUUUUUUGUCUCCACAGUUGGAAUGGCAGGAUUACUCUGGUUGAUCCAGGAGUAUCUUCCACAGUUUGCUUUGUUGUAUGGAAUCAUCCAGGCAUUAGUUAUCUCUGUCAGUGUUCGACAGAGUGUGAUCCUUGGUGUGGAGGAAGAAAAGAAAGAAAAUGAAGAGGAGGGACAAGAGACAGAUGCUAUGAGAGACAGUAGGGAACACAGAGAAAAGUCUGCGGUUGCUAAAGACAAGUUGAAGACAAAUUAAGCCGAAGGUACUGGAGAGAAGUUACAGUUGAUUCAGGACUCCAUCAAAGAUCUGUCCAGCAGUAUCACACCCUUCCAGCUGUUGGACAUCACAACAGUGGAACUCCACUGACAGACUUUCACCGCGGUCCUAACUUAAGCAGUGUCACUUGUAUUGCACAUUUGUUACAAAUUCACAACAUUGUACUUGUGUCACUUUAUGUUCAACACUAUCGAUAUACAUUUUCCAGACAUUUGUGUUCAGUCGAUCUCAAGUGUUGUCACCAGAAUGUUGGCAAUGAGAGCUACACAAUACUCUGUAUUUAAAUGAUGUUCAAGAGAAAAUGUUCAAGAAUAGCUUGUUAAUUCAAAAAAAGAGGAGGAUACCCACUAUUUAGGGAAUACUCUCAUUUACAUUUUAUUUCUUGCUCUGUGGGACUACUUUUCUCAUGAUUCCUCUUAAGAGAGUCACUAGUUCUCAUACCAGGUGAUUGCUUUUGAUGCAUUUUUUUUGAGAAGUAAUUAUCAGAUUUGAUUAUGGAAGAACCAAAUCUGCAACCUGAGUCAGUAACAAAGAAAUAAAGACUGAUUCAGUUCACCGGGUUAAAAAAAUGCUGAAACUGGACUUAAAUUACAAAAGUAUAUUUCUAAGUCCUUGCUAAAUUUAUUGUGCAUCAUAUGGUUACACUCAAGCAAAGCUUACUUACACUUAUAAAGAUCAUGUAUAUCACGGCAGUCUUGAGCUUCCAGUGAUUUCUGUAGCCCUGAAUUUUCUAUAAUUGAGUCACUGAAAUCCACGCGUCUGUCGCAAAAAACAAAAGAAGAAAAAAAAUGCACAUUUUGUUUAUUUCAUACAUUUAUUACAGAUUUUCUGGAUAUAUGACAAAAUCUGGUGGGCCAGAAACAUACACACAGCAGCGUUGAUAUUUGGUUAAACAUCUCUUGGCCAUUUUCACCUCAGCUAGGCACUAUUGGAAGCGGUCUGCACACUUCUGCUUGUAUCUUUGAGCACUACUCUUGACAGAAUUGAUGCAGUUCGACUAAAUUAGUUGUCUUUCUGGCAGACUUGUUUUGUUUCUUCAUCACAGUUCACAGGUUGUUGAUGAGAUUUAUGUGAGGACUUUGGGGAGAAUAAUCUAAAACCUUUAUUGUUGCUGAUUUGCGAUUCAUUAUUUUUUUAGAUGUGUGUUGGGUCCUUCUUCAUGAUUCCAUUUACUUUGUGUAAAGCAUCAGUUCCACUGGCAGCAGAACAGCUCCAGAGCAGAAUACUAUCAUCAUGUUUGAUGGUAAGUUUGGGGUUCAGGGCCUCGCUGUCUCUUCUCCAAGCAUAUUUUUGGUUAUUGUGGUCAAGAAGUGCAGUUUUUGUUCCAUCUGACCACAGAACUUUACUCCAGAAGGCCUUUGUCCAUGUGAUCAGCAGCGGAUGAUUUGGGGAUCUGUAGCUGCUUUAAAGUGGCUCAAAGUGACUUUCCUGAACUGUUGAAAUCACUUAAUUGCUUUUUCAGAUCUUUGUUCAGCUCCUCCCACCUGCUGUAAUGUUUGUGGCUUAGUCUGAUGAGAUUACCGUUACAUACAUGGUCUUUAUGAGUGUAUGUAAACUUUUGUUCACACCUGUAUAUCCAGUUGGGGUGUGGUUCUAUCGAAACUGAAGCUUCUACAAGCUUGUGCAGAGUGCUGGGCAGAAGGAUAAAAUGAAUGUGCUGUAUGUUUACUUGUGUGAAAAUCUGAAUUUGGUCAAGGGGCAUGAACCCUAGGAGGAGGCACCAGAAAGUAGCAACCCUUACUGCUAAUCUAUAGGCUUAGACACCAGUCAGUCAAGCACCUACACACCACAAAAUGUACCGUGUUAAAGCCAUAAGAUCUCCUUAACGCCACACUGAUCUCUGAUUUAGAUUUUUUUUUAAAUUAAAUGUUCAUUUGGAGACAAAGAAUCCUUAAAUGUAAUUCAGUGCUUGCUUCUCUGUUUUAUUAGCCAUACACAAAGUGGCUUCAGCGCACAGCUGAGAUGGUUGUUGCUUGAUCUUAACUAUAAGUCGUCAAAGGUUCAUCAUUUCUGCUCAUGAAUGUUCUUUGUAUUUUAUGUAUUUUCACAUAUUGAGAUAGCAAAAGUAUGGAAGACCUGUACAGGCUGUGGAAUAACAAUUGCUGAAAAUCCUACCACAUUAAAAUGGGUCACGUUACGCUGAUAUAACUUCAAGACCAUGGUUCUGUCAUUGUUGCUUGUGGUAGCAGGUGCCUGUUUAGAAAUUUGAAGUAUUAACACUAUUGCCAGCAGCACACUUUAAUGUUUACUUUGUAUACAGUUUCAUUCUGCCUUAAUAUCAUUUUCUGUGCCAUGAUACUGCUUGUUUUGAACUUUACAGGGAAUGUAAGCCCCACUCUUCCUCCACCAGUGUUUUUUUUUCUAUUUGUGUUUUCUUGUAAUGAAAUUGAUUUCAAUGUAUGAAAAUGUAGAGGAACAAAACAAAACAUGUAAUUUGGUUUUAUGCACAAUAGCAUGUUUUCCAGUCAACACUCCUGUCGGAUGUGACCUAAUUUGCCUUGUUUAAGCAUGUGCUGCUUAUCCACUUAUUUGAAAAGAUGUUAAUUUGGAGUUGCUUCCCUCUGUCACAUCCUGUAGGGUGUGGAAGCCUGUGGCGGGCAAGAUGGAAAUUGAGUUCAUUGAAAUGUCUUUGUGUAUUCAUGAUGUAUGACAAAAUUUGGGUAAAUUUUUGAAAUUUUUAAAAUUCAUUUUCUUAAAAAGGGCCUAAUAAAACAGUUUUUCUAAUCUCUAAUUUUAUGAUAUUACUGUAGAUUAAAUAUCUUAAAACUUUAAAUUGUUACUACAGCAAAAAACACAAGUACAGAGACUUUAACUUUUGGGAAAUUGUGGUGGAUACAUGAAGAUAAAUUUUGGGGGUGGGGAUGGGAUGUGAAGCUUCAUUUUAAGGUUAGAGAGCAUGGUGUCUGCUUUUUUCUUAAAGGGAUUUUCACUUUGAAAUAUAAUGUUAUUGCAGUGUCUGUAUAUACUGAAAAUUAUUUCUCACUGUAAUUUUCUUUUUAAUUGUCAGCACUGCUGUGUUUCAAACGUUACACUAUUUCAUUUUAAUGUUAAGAGCUACAGACGUCCAUGGAGAGACUGUUUGUCAUUUGUUGUUUUGUAUUGCACCAAAUCUUUAUUAGCAAUCCUAAGAAUAGCCACUAUUUCUAUAGCUCUUUGUUGCUUUUUAGGUAUUGCUUGCUUAUAUGGAGCUUUUAUUGCAGUGAUAUUAACACUAAAGAUCCCUUGUAAGGAAAGAUAUUUUUAUACGAGCAGCCACGUGCUGGAUGACUCUGGUAGGGCCUUACUGAUGCACAUGGCGUAACUUUUACUAAGAUGAAGAGAAAGAGGGAAGCAUCUGCUGAGACCUAUUACUGUACAUGUAAUUUAUCACCACUGAAGCCAAUGCUAUACUGAGGUUGAAUAUUCCAAAUGGUUAAUUAAAGCGGUUGCUCUUUUAUGAAA